UCGGGCGCCGGGGAGGCGGAGCCCGGACCCCAACCCGCCCCGCAUAUCGGGGGGAGCGGCGGCACCGCCAGCGGCAAGUCAACGGUAUGCGAGAAGAUCAUGGAGCUGCUGGGCCAGAACGAGGUGGACCAUCGCCAACGGAAAGUGGUCAUCCUCAGCCAGGACCGGUUCUACAAGGCGCUUACGGCGGAGCAGAAGGCAAAAGCCCUGAAAGGGCAGUACAACUUUGACCACCCAGAUGCUUUUGACAACGAGUUGAUGCAGAUGACCCUGAAGAGCAUCGUGGACGGCCAGACCGUGGAGGUGCCCACCUACGAUUUCGUGACCCAUUCCAGGCUGCCUGAGACCACGGUGGUGUACCCUGCGGACGUGGUUCUCUUUGAGGGGAUUCUGGUGUUCUACACGCAAGACAUCCGGGACAUGUUCCACCUCCGCCUCUUUGUGGACACCGAUUCGGACGUCCGGCUCUCGCGGAGAGUUCUUCGGGACAUGAAACGAGGAAGGGACCUGGAGCAGAUCCUGACCCAGUACACGACGUUUGUCAAGCCGGCCUUUGAGGAGUUCUGUUUGCCGACCAAGAAGUACGCAGACGUGAUCAUCCCGCGAGGGGUGGACAAUAUGGUCGCCAUCAACCUCAUUGUGCAGCACAUCCAGGACAUCCUGAGCGGCGACCUCUGCCGGUGGCACCGUGGCGCCGUCAACGGGCACAGCCGGUCGUCCAAGCGGCCUUUCCCCGAGCACGUGGACAGCGGCCCGCUCCUGGCGCCCGGCAAGCGCUCCCACCUGGAGUCCAGCAGCCGCCCCCACUGAGCGCGGCCAGAAGCCCUGGAGGCGCCUCCACACCGGCCGGACGCGAGGGGGCUCGGGGGCAUGCAGGGGCACCCGGCCAAGAGGCCAAGGCCUUGGUGCAGA